GUGACGUAAGCAGCUGUGGCACUUCCUCGUUUGUUUUCUGGGCUGAUGAACCGAAACCAGUCGCCCAAAUUCAGAAUGCAUCUGUCAAGGGUUGGAAUUUACAUGAAGAGGCGAAAGCGGGCCUGCUCUCGAGCUUGAUCAUUAUAGUCUUCCUCCAUCUGGCUGUCACUCUCUUUGCCUCUUCACAUCGGUGCUCAUUUCCUCUCCCUUCACCAACAUGCUGUGCUGGGGGAAUGCCAAGGAUGGGCAGUUGGGUAUUGGUGUGGAGAAGAACCCUGUGUUUGAGCCGAGGAACUGUCAUGUGUUCAGUGGCAGGGGAAUGAAAGAGGUCGCCUGUGGAAGCCAACACUCUGUGUUUCUUAUGUAUGAUGGCAGUGUGUACACAUGUGGCUCUAACAGCUGGGGACAGCUGGGUCAUGACAAAGCAGGGACUUCCCCAGAGGUUGUUGGGGCUCUGGAUACCCAAAAGAUUGCGAUGGUGUCAUGCGGUCGGGGGCAUUCGAUGGCAGUGAAUGAACAGGGUCAACUGUUUGCCUGGGGAGCUGGUGAUGGGGGACAGCUGGGACUGGGGACCACAGAGACGACUGUUCGAAUUCCCAGGUUGGUCAAAAGACUGUGUGACCAUCGCAUCUCUCAAGUAAUGUGUGGGAAUCAGCACUGCAUCGCACUUUCUAGAGAUGGCCAGCUGUUCACAUGGGGCCAGAACACCAGCGGGCAGCUCGGGUUGGGGAAAGGAGAGCCCAGCAAGCUGUUCCCUCAUCCUCUAAAGUCUCUGGCAGGAAUUCCUUUGGCACAAAUAACGGCAGGAGGAGACCACAGUUUUGCCCUCUCAUUGUCUGGAGCUGUAUUUGGCUGGGGCAAAAACAGAGCUGGACAACUGGGCCUUAAUGAUAAACAAGAUCGUGCCGUCCCAUGCCACAUCAAAUUUUUGAGAUCUCAGAAAGUUGUUUACAUCAGCUGUGGAGAUGAACAUACAGCAGCCUUGACAAAGGAUGGCGGCUUGUUUACGUUUGGUGAUGGCUCGUGGGGUCAGCUGGGUCACGGCUCCACCAAUAGUGAGCUUUUACCUAGACGAGUGCUGGAGCUCAUGGGCACCGAGGUGUCCCAAAUCACCUGUGGCAGGCACCACACGUUGGCGUUCGUGCCUUCCUCUGGCGUGGUAUAUGCGUUUGGUUGUAACAGCCAUGGCCAGCUGGGAACAGGAAUACUGGGGGAUGCCAGAAGCCCAUUUCCUGUCAAGGCCAGUUUCCUGACUGGAAAAUUCCAUAGAAGAGAAUCAAAACAGUAUACCGUGACCAAAAUCAUCUGUGGAGGAGACCAUAGUUUCUUAUUGUACUCUAAUGAGCAGACCUCUGUCCCCUCGGAAGACUUCAGAGUGAUUAAUAUUGGCAAAAGUCUCUCACCAAUCAAUUAUGAAAGUUUGAAUUCGUUGAGGCUGAAACUGAUGUACAACACAGACUCUAGCAUCACAAAUGACGUCAUAGUUCAGCUGUCGUCGACGGCGUGCUGGAAUGCCAGCUUCUUGGACCAAAGUGAUGAUACCCAUUUCAAAACCAACCCAAAGAUCCCAGGCAUCGAUCUCAACUCUGUCAGAAUGCUGUUUGAGACUCUGAGCAAACCAGCUUUCUCUGAACUCAUGGAGCAGAUGUUGCUGCUGAAAAUCAGCUGCUCACUCCAAAUUAAAACCUCAUUGUUUGUAUGUCAUUUAUUUUCCUCUCCUUUUUGUGUCUCUGCAGACAACUGGUGGUGUAUCGUGGAUGGCAGCGUGUUCACCCGAAUGGUCGACAUGUACAAGAGCAUUGUUGUCUUUAUGCUAACAGGAGGCAAGACUGUGCUCGUGCCCAUGUUCUAUGAGAACUAUUUUCUUGCCACUCUUCGGCUGCUGGAAAAGCUCCACAAGGUAAACUUGAAGGCACAACACGUGGAGUACAACCGCUUUUACAUCCCAGACAUCACCAGCCUCGUGGACAUCCAGGAAGACUACCUCAAAUGGUUUCUGAGUAAAGCUGAGAUUAAAGUGGGAUCAUCCCCUUCACAGAGUGACUUUCCCGCAGUAAACCUAUGUGCCUACCCGUUCAUACUGAACGCAAAAGCCAAGACAACCAUGCUGCAAACUGAUGCUGAACUGCAAAUGCAGAUGGCAGUAAGCGGUGCAAACCUACACAAUGUCUUUAUGCUGCUCACACUGGAACCCCACCUCGCUAGGAACCCUUACCUGGUGCUCCAUGUGCGCAGGAGCCAUUUAGUAAGCGACACACUACGCGAGCUCACCAUGUACUCUGACGUGGACCUCAAGAAACCACUCAAGGUGAUCUUUGAUGGAGAGGAGGCCGUAGACGCAGGCGGCGUAACUAAAGAGUUCUUCCUGCUGCUGUUGAAGGAGCUGAUGGAUCCCGUGUACGGGAUGUUCACUCAUUACAAAGAGUCCAACCUGCUCUGGUUCUCAGAUAAAUGUUUUGUAGAGCAGAACUGGUUCCACCUGAUCGGGAUCAUCUGCGGUCUGGCCAUCUAUAACGCCACAGUGGUGGACCUCCACUUCCCCCUGGCUCUCUACAAGAAGCUGCUCGAGGUGUCACCCACGCUGGAGGACUUCAAAGAGCUCUCACCCACCGAAGCCCGGAGUUUACAACAGCUUUUAGACUAUGAAGGAAGUGACGUGGAGGAGACGUUUCUUCUCAACUUUGCUAUCACCAGGGAGAACUACGGGAUGACAGAAGUCAAGGAGCUGAUUCCCGGAGGAGAGAGCGUCGCUGUGGACAAAAACAACAGGAAGGAGUUUGUGGAGGCCUACCUGCGCUACGUGUUCUCAGACUCGGUGGGGGAGCAGUACUCUGCCUUCUCCGCUGGUUUCCUGAAGGUGUGUGGUGGUGAGAUCCUGUCUCUGUUCCAGCCCUCCGAGCUGAUGGCCAUGGUGGUCGGCAAUAAUAACUACAACUGGGAGGAGAUGGAGAAGAACGCCGUUUAUAAGGGGGAGUACACCGCCACUCAUCCAACAGUCAGAUUGUUCUGGGAGGUUUUCCACGAGUUCCCUCUGGAAAAGAAGAAGCAGUUCUUGUUGUUCCUGACCGGUAGUGACCGCAUUCCCAUCCACGGCAUGGAGAGCCUGCGCAUCAUCAUCCAGUCUACCACAGCAGAGGAGCACUACCUGCCCGUGGCCCACACAUGCUACAACCUGCUGGACAUGCCCCGCUACCAGACCAAAGAGAUCCUGCGCCGCCGCCUCACUCAAGCCGUGGAGCAGUACGAGGGCUUCAGCCUGGUCUGAGGGGAGUCCCAGGGGAGACUUAACGCACUUUAACAGCAAUACACCCCCACGUGAGUGUCAAGAGUGUGGGUGGGCAGUUGUUGGACACGGGAGGGUCACUCUGUUUAUAUAUGGUCUAACAAGAUCGUUAAGCAUCUUGAAUCUUAAAGGUCUAUGUAUGUAAAUGCAGUGUUAUUGCUUUUUUGCUUUGGGCAAAGUUCCUCAGCCUUCCAGGACCAUUUAGAGGAGAAUCAAAUGACUGAUAGAUAACAGCCAACAUGGAAAUUAACCAAAAAAGCACUAAAUGGACUAAAAUGUGCAGAACGACCCUGGAUUAUGAAAACUUCGGGACUUAAAAACCAGGACCAGAGAAGGUUGAGAAACUCUUAAUUUCUUUUUGCUUUGUUUUGUUUGCAAAGCUGUGUAUUUUAUAUUCCUUAAAUUCUAUUUUUAAUCAUUAAAGAAUCAUGUUAUUACCUUGAGACAAUAUAUUGCUUUUUGUUACUUUUAAUUUAUUAAAUAGAGUGGUUAUUUUUUGACAAAAUUAACACACACACACACACACACAUACACACACACAUACAUAUAUACGUGUAUGUAAAUAGCACUUUGAAUAUAAUCUUCACUGUGAGGUUGGGAGGAGUGUUAGUCCCGCUGAUCCUUUUAAAUCUGCCACCAGCAUGUCCUCUAUGCCUGAUUCUGAAAGAGGACAAGCGAGUCAGGCAGGGAGCGAAGCAUGCUGAACAUCGUUUGCAAUCCCUCGUUCUGUUUUAGCUGUGGCUCACAGAGCAGCUGACUUUGUUCUUGAACCUGCAUUCAACAGUGUUGCCUUUCUACAGCAAAACCUUCUGUACAGAAACAAAACUUUAUUUUUUUUAUUUUUUUUAUUUUUUUUGUGGAUGUGUGUGCAUGUUACAGAGUGAAAACAAAAACCAGAUUGUCAUUUAGCAGUGACGUUUUUGGAAAUGUGAUUAUUCGCUUUCUUGCAAGAAAAGCAUGUCAGCUGAAUAUGAAGCAUCAGUUAGCAUCGCUCAGACUGGAAGUGGUAGCAAAUACAUGUUUGGCUCCUUCAGAUGGACACAAAAAGAUCGCACUUCCUGUUGUUACAAGCAUGUGGAUGUCGCGCUUACUGGCUGUUUAGUUAGAUUUUCUAGCUGAAAGGGGCCGCAUCAUCUGCGAGGUCGCAAUCAAACAAGACCCCAUGAGAUGACUGUAUUUGGACUAAUACGCUAAGAUGUUGAGUUUGGCAUUAGCCGUGAUGAGUUAUAGAACAAGUCUGUGCCCCUAUGUGGUUUUUAUGAAUGAGGAACUGUAGAUACCAGGCUUUAAAUACACUUUGUAAUUGUAUUAAGUUGGGUGUCUUACCAUGGCAGUCAGUGGGGAUUAACUUAGCCUCAGCCUCCAGUGGCCACUACAGGAAUUGCAGCUUUUGUUGUUGUUGUUUUUUUAGUGCUUCCAGGUUUGCUUAUAAUAUCUAAAAUGUGACCUUGCCAUCAUACCUUUGCCCUCGAUGACAGUGCCUAGCAACAACAUAACCACAGUAUGAAAGGUGGAGCUAGUCAAGAUAACACCACCCAUGGACAGUGAAGACCCUAGCUAAUCAUUUUUGCCUGAAACUGGACGUGAUGAGCGAGGAAACCGAGGGACAGUCAGCUUAUCCUGGCUAAUCCUCCUUUGUGACUAUAAAAUCAUUUACAAAAUGAACUUCCUGUUUCAUUCAGUGUGAGCUAAAACUAACGACUGAGCCCAUAAACUCUUCAGAAAAAUGUCUACUGAGGUUACAGAGACAUGGAGCCCAGGGCGUGUUCUCCACGAGAGUCGCCCCCUAAUGGCCAUUCUAAAGAAUCCAUAUUUUACUACAGUCUGUGCGAGCAACAGGUGAAAGACCCAGAAAAAGAGAGCACCUCUUGUUUAACCACUCUGGUUUCCAGCGAUACACACUCCAUGUUUGCCGUGGCGUGGAUGCAGAACAGUCUCCUUGAUUAGUGCUCAUUUUAAUCGCUUUCGUGAAGUAUUUUGAAACAGAUUUUUAGAUACACAUUCUGAUAGUGUGGUCCCUGACACAGACGAGUAUCUGAAUACAGUCAAAGUCCUUCUUGGCCAACGCAGCGGUAUCUCAACAAACCAGGAGUUCGUCCUGUUUCUCUCUUCAAUUCCAUAUAGUCUCUUUCAGUAGACACAGUAGAUUUAAAUAUUCAGGAGGACACGACAAUCCCAAACUGUCCAAUCACAGCCAUCGCAGACUGUGUCCAUGUGGUGUGUAGUUACGGUGUAGGCUGCAGGGUUGCAGAUUUACAAAUAUAAAUCCCCUGUAAGUGUGGAUGACAAAAACUGUCAUUUUUGUGUUUAUGAAACUUUUCUCCCAGCCUUAUUCACGCUUCUUUUCCCCCCCUAACAAACACUCUCAUGGCUUCUAUAAAAUGAUGACUUAGACCUCAGAGGGUUAAACAAACUUUGGUCAUUUUUGAUCAUCAGAGCGGAUCUCAGUUGGAUUUAUUCACCGUGUGACGGAGCCAAACUAGCCGUGUUUUUGCUAGGCCAAGCAAACCGAUUCCUCUGUAAUGACAUUUGAACCGAUCUGCUAAGAAGCAAAUAAAAACAUGUCCCAAAAUGUCACAUAAACCUAAAUAUACAAACAUUAGAGUUAAUAAUUGUUAUUUGUCUGGUCUCCAAGUGGAGAUGAAUAUUUUAAGAGUGUGGGCAGAUGACUUAGUAAAAAGUCUUCAUAUAAUAACCAUUUGAUGAUAAACUGUACCCAUCAUAUUAUUCCAAAAGUCGCCCUGAUGAUGUAUAAAUAUUCCUGCAGUGACACCUCGCAGUACAAGAUAACAUUUAAUUAGGUUGUGUAUUAGCGUGACGUGCGUGGAAUCGUCUCGCAUAUAUAUAAUAUAUAUUUUAUAUACAUUUCAUACACGACAGUGGUGUUAAUGUGACUUUGGGCAGUAAAAUGACUCGAUGUGUUCUGACUAACACGUCCUCUCAGCAAUAACAACCUGAAGCAGCCCACUUCUGUACUCACAGCUCUGGGCCAAACAUAUAAAGGUCUCAAAUGCUGGCAGUUCAUCUUAUUGCUUAGUUCUAUACUGCAUGUGUACACACACACACACACACACACACACACACACACACACACACACACACACACGCAUAUUCAAUCAAUAUUUGUCUGAUUAAGGCUCCUGCAGAGUUUAGUCCUAUGCAAAGGUUUGUGAAGCCCUUGACUUUUUUGCACCUUUAAAUGUGCUAGAGAAUAAGUUGUUUUUUUUUUUUUUUUAAAUCAUUAUUUGACUGAAAUUUACUCAAAGCUCUCUGUUCCAGCCAAGGUUUUCAAUAAAAUACGGUAUAA